AUCCGCGCAUGCGUUUUAUUCUUUAAAAAACCAUCAGCCAUAUUGGUGUGUUGUAUUGCUGUCCUCAGUAAUUUCGAAGAUCAGUGAGCAAAUAGCCUGUCAUGACGGAUUCCAUGAAAUUUGGUCCAGAAUGGUUGCGCAAUCUGUCUGGAGACAGUUGCAAUAAUAGUGGAGGCGGUGGAGGUACUACAAGUUUAACUACUCCGCGUUAUCAUUUAGCGAAACAUAGAUACGGACGAGAAGAAAUGUUGAUUCUGUUUGACCGUAAUUGCAAGCCCCCCGAGCCAUUGACAAAUUUCUCUACAUUAUAUGUUGAGAAAACCCAGCUUCCCUUGGCUCUUGUACAGAUGACAGAAGACGAAACGCGAAUGUGGAAUGUAGGGAUAACUAAUGUUGGUGCUCGUGGAAGAGGCGGAAGUGUCGAUCGCGGGGGGCGUGGGAGGAAUGGAAGAGGUAGCUUGUAUUCUUCUCAUUAUUCGCGUGGAGUAGGUUUUGACGAUUCAGGAGAUGGAACUCGAAUCGACAGUCAAGCGUUUCAAGGAAGAAACCGCCAAUUCGAUAGAUCUCAAAGCGAGCGUGGGUGGUCGGAAAGAAAUGGAGCUUCAGAUCCAGGCGAGUGGAACGGUUCGACUAGUCCUAGAAAAGAAUUAAGUCGCGGGGCUAGUGGCAGUUCCCUCAUGGAAGGGAAUUGGCGGCGCCACCGCGGUGGUACAGAAGAUGAUGACGGCUGGCGAAAAUGGGGUAGAAGCAGCUGGCGCGAAGGUGGGAGUAUGGAUAGAGAUAGAUUAGAUAGAAACGAAGGAGACGGGGAGGAAGGUCGGAGCGGUAGUGGGAGAUGGGAACAUCGUGGAAAUCACAGAGUCCCUCACGAUUCGAGUCACCACCCACCUCAACGUGUUGCGCGCACCUGGGAGUCGAAUCAUCAUGACAAUAAUCAUAACAACCUUCCUGAAUGGGCCACCGAGAAUCCUAGUGAAAGCGGAGGCAGUUUUGAUGCUUCUGGUGCAUUCCAUGGUGGAAUGUAUUCGGACGACGACGAAGACGGGGUAAUUAGUGCAGGUGGUACUCAGGAAUCGAGAACUCAACGUGUUUCCGAAGGAAAUGCCGCCAAUACAACGAAAUCUGGUGGAGGCAAGCCUUUGUCUUACAGUUCUACUCAGGGUCAGACAGCGAGUCGGAUUCCUAGCAAUACAGCUAACACAAUCAACAAGAAAAGACCUAAAUCGUUUAAUCCGUUUAGCGAUAAAGAGGAAACCGUUGAGAAGGAGAGGAGAAGCAAUUCUCCGUCGAAAUCGUCUACAACGGCGGAUAGCACGCCUAUUAACGUGUCAGCGUCGACGUCGUCUGAGAAUUCGCAGAAGAGAAACACAGUAGCAAUAAAUACAGAACAAAGUGAGAUCGAAAAAUUACCACCGACUGAUACCGGGAAUAAUAAGUCUCCCAGUAAAGCACAGGUCAGGGAGGAGGUCGAAACAGAGGUGGUGAAAAUAGAUCCGAUCGCUCCUACGGUGAAAAGGCAAGUCCCAUUGCAAACAGAGCCUCAGAAGAGCAUCGUGCACUGCCCGGGGCUAGAGAACACGAGGCAGAAGAGUGAUGAUGAUUUGGAUAGAAUGAAGGAGGAGGCAAACGCGUUAGUAGCUAAAUUGAUGGCAGAUGAAGAGAGUCACAGAGAGAAAACUGCCAGUAUACCGUCUGCCAUUGGUAACCAAUCUUCCACAGUUCCACCCACGAAUGGACAGGAGAAAUGGUUUUACCGUGAUCCGCAGGGUGAAGUUCAGGGUCCGUUCUUAGCAAGCGAAAUGGCAGAAUGGUGUAAAGCCGGUUACUUCACCGCACGUUUGAUGGUAAGGAGAACCUGUGACGAUCGGUACACCACGUUAGGGGAGUUGAUGAAAAUCUGCGGUAGAAUACCGUUUACGCCUGGGCUUUCUAUUCCUCCUUUAAAGUUAACGGAUCAAGUAAUUCCCUCUGUUUCUAACUCUGUACCUGCUGGCAUAUCCGCGUUACCAAAAGCUGGUAUAGAAGACCCUCUUCUUCUGCUACAAUAUCAGCAAGUACGGUUACUGCAGAACCAACAAUUACUCCUUAGGCAAAUGCGGACAUCAGCUAUAGCGAAGCUUUCUCAAUCCGAGCACUGGGCGACGUUGAGUCCUGUUGAACAGAAUCAGUUGAUUUUUCAAUAUGUUCUUCAAGACUCGGAAAUCCCAGAGGUGCCAAUCUCUACAAAUCCAUUCGUAUCUCACCUUUCGUCUCAGGCUUCGAAUCCUGUCAUGCAGCUUUUCACCCAAAUGCAACAGGCUAAAACGCAACCAGAGACUCAUUUAGCGUCGAAUCCACAUUCUACCACACCUGCACACCCUCCUGCCAUGGAUCCUAUACAGCAACUUAUACAGCAGAUGGGUGGUGUGCAGAACAUACCUGGAAUUCAACAGCCUAGUAUAAAUUCCACACCACCCACGACACAAGAAGACAAUCCCAUAAAAUCCUUGUUACGGCAACUCAGUGUCAAUGCCAAUGGCCACCCACAAACGCCCCAUAUGGAUACUGUUUGGCCGCAGCCACCGCCACAAAUAAAUCCACAAUUUAAUGCACAGAAUUGGUUGGCACAGGUUGGACCAAUACCCGCAGUACCUCCUGGCCAGUUGCCAUCCUCGUUGUGGGAUCUACACACUAAGGAAAUUAAGACUGAACAGCAGAUAUUGGAGGAACAAAAUCUUAGGCUACAGGAAGACAGAAAGAAGGAGGAGUUGAGGAAGCAAGAGGAGUUACAGCGACAAGCCGAGGAAGAGAAGGAAAAGCGGAAAAAGGAAGAACAAGCCAGACAAGUCGAAGAAGCGAGACGGAAAGAUGAGGAGCGGAAGAAGAAGGAAGAGGAGAAGAAACGAAAAGACGAGGAGAAGCGCAAGCAAGAGGAAGAACGAAAGAAGAAGGAGGAGAAGAAACGCAAGGAGGAGGAGAAGAAACGAGAGGAGAGGCGGAAACAAGAAGAAGAGAACUUGCGGAAGAAGUUGGAAGAAGAGAAGCGUAAGAAAGAAGAACUUAAAAAGCAGGAAGAGAAACAGAAGAAGGAGGAAGAGAAGCGGAAAAAAUUAGAAGAAGAACAACGAAAACAGGAGGAAGAACGAAUUCGAAAAGAAGCGGAAGCGCGCAAACAAGCUGAAGCGGAAGAGCAAGCCCGCCGAGCGGAACAAAGGCGACGAGAGGCGGAAGCGCUUCGUAAAUUACAAGAAAGUACUAAAGCACCUUGGGCGCAAGCACCUCGUGCGUCAGCUCCUGCUACUCCUGCUACCUCCUUCGCAGAUAUCCAGAGACUUGAACGAGAGCAAAAAGCUGUGCUACUACGGUUUGAACAACAUAUGCAGCAGCAGAUCGCGGACCAGAAAGCUAUGGUAGCAGCCCGGAAAGCGACGGAGGCUGAUUCUUCAAAGCGAUUGCAAUUCAAGUGGGCAGAGAAGGCCACCGCCUCCAGCAAGCCAUUACAAGUGAAGAAUCUCGCGCAAAUUCAACAGGAAGAACAGGAGCGCAUCGCCAAGGUAAAGCAGCAAGAGAGAGAACGACAGGAAAGGGCGGGCCAGAAAGAGUCGGCGAGCCUGUUGCAAAGCGCUGGGAUUUGGGGCACUGCGUCCCAGUGCUUGAACUGGGCCAAUUCGAGCACGUCCAGCGGUGGUCAAGCUUGGUCCACUAACAGCGGUACCAGUGGUUUUUGGGAUGAACCCACACCAAUAAAGUCUUCUACAACUACGAAGCAACCAACUAAGCUGGCCGCAACUGCUAAAGCGCCUGCUGUCAAUCAGCAGCAACAGCAGAGCAACAAGGCGAACAAGAGCAAAAACAAGAGGGAGGAAGAGCUUGUGAAGAAAUUAUUCGAACAGAACACUGCCAAGAUUGACGAUUUCACGCAAUGGUGUAACAAAGCUCUGAGCGGUUUACAGGUAUCCGUAGAUAUUCCUACGUUCGUUGGAUUCUUGCGAGACAUUGAGUCAGCGUACGAGGUGAAGGAGUAUGUAAGAGACUACCUCGGUGAUAACAAACAGAGUUCAGAAUUCGCUAAGCAGUUUUUAGAGAAACGUAGCAAAUGGCGGUCAGCCCAACGACCUCAGGCUCAGGCUGACGAUCUUUGCAAGCCGGCACCGGCCGUUAAUCCUAAUGCGCCCACGGAAUUUCAGGAAGUGAAGGGGAAGUCGAAGAAGCCAAAGAAAGGAAAAAUGUACAAAGUUGAUAAUAGGAUCCUUGGCUUCAGCGUGACCGCGGCGCCCGAUCGUAUCAACGUGGGUGAUCGUGAUUACGGUGAAGGUGUUUGAAUUAAUCCUGGAACGGUUUUGAUUGACAUCGUGGAAAUCAUGCUACGCUUGGCCUGACAAAUACGGUUCGUUAUUUAUUUAUUGUAGAUGCCAAAUCACAGUUCUAAGAAACCCUGUGCGAGUACCUCGGUAAUACAUUUACAAACAUAUAUAUAUAUAUACAUAUUAUAUGUAUAUAUAUAUAUAUUUACACAUCAUAAAAUUUUUGUAUGAUUAUGCAUGGGCAAGGAUAAUUCUUGGUCUCUCAAUCGUAUUUUUUACUCGUGCAUUAAUGGGCGCCUUAGGACGACAAUUUUCGCAGCGUGGCAUUAUUUCCAUCUUAAAACAAUACUGAAAGACACUUUGAGAAGGGAAACUCUGUUGUACAUAACUCAAAUGAAAAGGAUUAAUACUUCACGAACGUGAGGCGACACACUCAUGUCCUACUUACCCUACACACACACACAUACAUACGCAACACACAUUAUUUGAACAUUUUGUAAUAUUUCAUCAUUAUUCGCCGUGAACAAAGAUACUAUGCCGAUUGACAACUCGUACACGCGGAAACAUAACAGUGAAAGCAGUAUGUGUGUUCGUGAUUGAUAAUUAGAACGGUAUUACAGCGAGGAAACUAAAAAUUUGUUAGAUAUGCGUGCACCUGAUCGAUGGAGGAUUGAUCGAGCUCAGUGUUUAUGCUGGUGUGUAUCGGUGAUUUAACUAUACGCACCGAGUAUAUUGUAUGUAUAUAUGAAUCCUAUGGAUUUUUUUCUUUACCGCGACAUCACGUUAACAGGACCUUUAUCAUGGGUAAUAUUGCGCUACUGUGUUUUUGGAGAACAAUACUUUACGUUUGGUAUGUUGAAAGUUUCUUUUCGACCAAUUUACCAACCGUUUUUUAAGAGCAAUUGAAAUAUUUUGAACGAAUAUAAGAGACGAUUGUAUUAUAUCACAUAACCUAAAACAAAGUAAAAAAAAAAACCGAAUACUUAUUAAAGAGAACCGUAACGUCUCAGUGGUAAUUACGUUGCGGGGAAAACGAGAACCUUCUUGUACUUUCUUAACACUUUGAGAACACUGACUUGAAAGAAAAAGAAAAAAAAAAUGAAAAAAAAAUAGUACUUGCAUGUCGAACGAUUUAUAAAGAGAACUAUCGUUCAUUCUUCUGUUUUGCUUCAGAUUGAAAGAAAAGAAUAUGAAAGUAAGCUCGUGUAAUAUUUAGAAACCGUUGACUUUGAGAGACUUACAUAGCGUAUAAGAGAAGUUCCGGAUCGAUUACUGCGUGUGCCUACGUGUGGAUCUCACUCUCGUCGGCAUAUACUUCUUAUAAUAAUAACCGAGGUCAAUCGAAACUGAUAACCACUGAACGAAGAAUUCAUGUAAGAUUUCAUUAACGCAAUAUUUAGACAGCAGUAUCUUUUGUAAAGUUUUAAUUGUAAAUGUACAUGUUACAUAAGAGUCCUCUGUCGGAUAUGAGAAGCAUGUGGUGAAAAUUUGUCGACACGUUUGGAAACAUGUGAUUUCUUUUUUCCAUGGUUUUUUUUUUUUAAUUGGAUUUGAGGAAAAGCAAAAACGAAAAAAAAUAUGGCACGAAUAUUCUUCAUAAGCGCGGGAAAUGUUACGACGAAUCUAACCGUUCUUAAUAAUUAUAAUGGUUGUUAAUAAGGUUCGAUGAUCUUCUCCUUAGAGAAAAGAAAUUAAAAUCUUUAGGAAAAGAUCAUAGAUUCUUACGUGAAAGAUUUAUGUAUAAAUAGAUAAAUGUACAGUAAUACAAGGAUAAUUAACUAGGCAAAUCCAGAUAAUUGAUAUUGUAUUAAUAUUAUUAUUAUUAUUAUUGUAUCUAACGUACAACAUAAUAAAAAUAAAUAUUAUUAUAUUUUCAA